GCUGAACUCACUAACUGAACUCACCUGAUUGUAAUAUGAUCCACAGUACAACAACACAAUGAAGUAUUACAUGUUUGUAAUUGUCCUUGCUUUGAUCCUCUUGGAAGAGGUUGCUUUUGCCUCCCAACGAGUGAAACGGGAUUAUACAUCACAUUAUUAUGAUCUGGGUGGAUCUGCAAUCACACAAACCUUCAGAGCUGCAAGGGAAGUUUCAAGCACAGAAGAUGAAGGAACUCAUACCUGCAGUAUAUGGGGUCGAGGGGCAAUUAGGACCUAUACCGAUGAAUUUUAUCAUUUUACAUCAACAUGCAAGUUUAUUCUGAGCCGCCACUGUGCUGAUGUCAUGGAAGAUUUUAAUGUGGAAAUUCGUCAUGGUUCAGGCAGCUACUUGGAGCAUUUUUUUGUGAAGAUGGAAGGUGCCAGGAUUGUUGUGGAGAAUGGUAUAAUCCAUGUUAACGAUAAAGUAGUUUCCUUGCCAUAUGAUGACAAAGCAAUUAAUAUUCAGCAGUAUGGAAUUCAAGUACGCUUUAGAAACAGGAAGCAUACCAUAUCUGUGUUCUGGAAUUAUAAUGAUGCAUUGUCGGUAAGCGUUGAUGCACAGUACAAAGGGUCAUUAUGUGGUCUCUGUGGACCUUUUGAUGCAAGUGCCUCAACAACUUAUGAUUUGAAUUACAUCCAAGCAAAUCAAUUGGAUAUUUUGAAUAAGGAUUGCUCUACCACCUUCUCAGAAAAUACUGCAUGUGCAUCAGCUCAAAUCUGUUCAAAUAUCACAGAGCUUUUCGGAGUGUGCUCUUCUGAGAAGAUCAACAAUGAAUUUAUAGUGAUGUGUCAGAGGGAUGCCUGUGCCUGUAAUAAAAUAGAGAACUGUCACUGUGCCAGCUUUAAUAAAGCAGCACAACAGUGUGUAUAUGUAGAUCAAUUACAAUGGAAAUCAUGGAGGAACACUGUCCAAUGUGCACAGCCCACAUGUCCUGGGAAUCAGAUUUACCAAGAUUGUGGACCUGCUUUUCUGGCAACCUGUACUGAACCAAAUUCUCAACAGCAAAGUGAUCAGUGCGUGAAUACAUGUAUUUGUCCAAAAGGUACCGUCCUCAAUAAUGCUGGAAGUGAUAAAACAUGUAUCAGUCAGAUAAAUUGCCCCUGUGAAUAUGAUGGAAAAAUUUACAAUUCUGGAGAAACAAUGAAUUCCUUCUGCCGAUCAUGUGACUGCCAAAGUGGAAUAUGGAACUGUACCAAUUUUGACUGCCCAGGCAUAUGCAAAAUUGAAGAAGGAACUCAUAUCACAACGUUUGAUGGCGCAUACUAUAACUUGAUUGGAGAUUGCUUAUACUAUGCAAUUGUUACAAAAGACUGGUCGGUGAAAAUUGAAAUGCAUCUAUGCCAAUCAGCAUACCAUCAGAGAUGUUUACAAAAAGUUACAUACGUAAAACAUCAGAACUCCUACUCAAUUAAUAAUGAAGGCGUUGUUAAAUUUAAUGGGAAUGCAAUGGUAAUGCCUCUACAACAUGGUGAAAUAAUGAUAUUUCAACAGUCAUCACAGUACAUUCAAGUGUUCACAAAAUCUGGGUUCUCGAUGCAGAUACUAGUAUCUCCCAUUAUGCAGCUUUACAUGUCACUGCCCAAAAGUGCACAGGGAACUACAAAAGGUUUGUGCGGCACCUACAACGGCAAUGCAAAUGACGACUUCCUAUCUGCACAGGGUGCUCCAGAGCCAACAUAUGUUUCUUUCAGUGAAUCGUGGACAACCAGUGAAAACUGUGAUCCUCCAAAACUGAACCCUCACUGUGUUAGCUCUGAAAAAGAACGUUACGCCAAAGAACAAUGUGCAUAUAUAAAAGACACAUCAGGGGCGUUUGCCAAAUGCCAUUCGACAGUGGAUUUUAAUAAGUAUUAUGAAAUGUGUAAUGCUGCCUCAUGUCACUGUGAAAAUAUCGAUGGUUGUGUGUGUGCUGCAUUGGAAGCUUAUGCCCAUGCUUGUGCUGCAAAAGGCAUCAUAGUGAUGAACUGGAGAAGAUCAAUUUGUUCAAUAACUUGCCCCAGCUCACAAGUUUACCACUACGAUAUGAGAGCCUGUAAUCGUACCUGUCAGCUCCUGUCAAAGCCUGAUUUCACAUGUGAACUUCAAGACAUUCCAGUUACUGGCUGUGGUUGUGCUGAAGGACUAUACAUGAAUCACAAAGCAACAUGUGUGAAAAUAUCAGAAUGCCCUUGUUAUGUUAAUGAUUUGAUCAUAGAAGCAGGUAGUCUCAUUGUCCAUAAUGGAAUGAAUUGUUUCUGUAUCAAUGGAGUUCCUUCCUGCCCUGAUGGUACUCUGUCCAACUCAAAAGGUUGCGAAGAAAAACAAUAUUCGGAUUGUAGCAAUGCCACUUUAUGUAAGAGGACAUGCGAAACUCUAAACAAACCAUGUCCGGACCCAUGCAAGCCAGGCUGUGUCUGCCCUGAUGGCUUGGUGGAGGAUUCCAGUGGAAGAUGUGUUGAACCAUCUGAGUGUCCUUGUCUAUUUGAAGGUGAAACUUAUGGUCCUGGAGAAAAGAUCAAAGUUGAUUGCAAUAAAUGUACAUGCACCGGUGGAAAAUGGAGUUGCACUGAUAAUGUAUGUCCUAAAACCUGCCUUGUUUAUGGAGAUGGACACUACAUGACAUUUGAUGGAAAACGAUACAGUUUUGAUGGCAAUUGUGAAUAUAUUUUUGUUGAAGACCAAUGUCUCCAAGAGAAAGGCACAUUCCAAAUAUUGACAGAAAGUGUUCCCUGUUGUGAAAAUGGAGUGACAUGUUCAAGAAAUAUCAAAAUCUUGUUUGAGGGUAAAGAACUAAUUUCAUUGACAGAAAAUGGAAUAAAGGAGCUGCCUCUUGGCCAAAGCCAGUGCACAGAUAACUUGUAUACAAUUCACACAGUUGGACUCUACUUAGUCUUGAAAUUUUCCAAUGGGAUCACUGUGAUCUGGGACAAACGUACAAGAUUUUCAAUCACACUGGAUCCAAAAUGGAAAAAUAAAGUUUGUGGCCUUUGUGGAAAUUACAACGAUAGCCUUGAAGAUGACUUGACAACAAAGGGAAACUCCUUGGUAACCAGCUCUGUGGAAUUUGGGAACAGUUGGAAGUCUAUGCAGUAUUGCUCUGAUACAGUAAAUCAAACUUUUCCAUGUGAUAACAACCCUUACUGUUUAGCAUGGGCUCAGAAGAGAUGCAACUUGAUUAAUAGUGCAGUCUUUCAAGCAUGCCAUAAAAGGGUUGAUCCAAUUCCAUUUUAUGAUGCGUGUGUCCAAGAAGCUUGUGCCUGUGAUAAGGAAGGAAAAUAUCUUGGCUUUUGUACUGCUGUUGCUGUGUAUGCAGAGGCUUGUAACAAAGCUGAUGUUUGCAUUCGCUGGAGAAGUCCUGAUCUCUGUCCUGUAUACUGUGACUAUUAUAAUACUCCUGGUAACUGCAGUUGGCACUAUCAACCGUGUGGAACAAUAACAGUAAGAACCUGCUCGGACCAUUCCAUUGGGAAGAAGUAUUCAGCAGUUCUUGAAGGUUGCUAUGCCAAUUGCCCAGAGAGUGCUCCUUAUUUGGAUGAAAAUACGAUGAGAUGUGUUACAUUACCUCGGUGCACAUGCUAUUAUGAUGGAAGAAUAUUGCAACCUGGUGAAAAAACAGCAAAUGAAUGCGAGGAAUGUAUGUGCAAUGAAGGAAUAACUACAUGCAGACGAAGAACUACCACAACUGUAACACCAACAACAGUAUCCACCACGUCAUCAACAACAACAGUUUCUUCCACAGUGACCACAGGAACAACAUCAUCAACAACAGGUACAACUGUGUCCACUACCAGUUCCACAGCAGAAACAACACCAACGACAUCAACAACAGAAACCACAGUCAGUACCACAUCAGGAACAACAUCAUCAACAACAGGAACGACUGUGUCCACCACAAGUUCCACAACAGAAACAACACCAACAACAUCAACAACAGGGACCACUGUCAGUACUACAUCAGGAACAACAUCAUCAACAACUGGAACUACUGUGUCCACCACCAGUUCCACAACAGGAACAACUUCAUCAACAACUGGAACAACUGUGUCCACCACCGGUACCACGACAGAAACAACAGGAACAACCACUACAACAGGGCCCACAGUUAGUACCACAUCAGGACCAACAUCAUCUACAACUGGAACAACUGUGUCGACGACCACUUCCACGACAGAAAUAACAGGAACAACAACUACAACAGGGCCCACAGUUAGUACCACAUCAGGGUCAACCCCAACACCAACUGGUACAACAGUGUCCACAACAAGUUCCACCACAGGAACCACACCAACAACAUCAACGUCAACAGGACCCACAGUCAGUACAACGUCAGGACCAACAUCAUCUACACCUGGAACAACUGUGUCGACGACCACUUCCACCACAGGGUCAACCCCAACACCAACUGCUACAACAGUGUCCACAACAAGUUCCACCACAGGAACCACACCAACAACAUCAACGUCAACAGGACCCACAGUCAGUACAACGUCAGGACCAACAUCAUCUACACCUGGAACAACUGUGUCGACGACCACUUCCACCACAGGGUCAACCCCAACACCAACUGGUACAACAGUGUCCACAACAAGUUCCACCACAGGAACCACACCAACAACAUCAACGUCAACAGGACCCACAGUCAGUACAACGUCAGGACCAACAUCAUCUACACCUGGAACAACUGUGUCGACGACCACUUCCACCACAGGGUCAACACCAACACCAACUGGUACAACAGUGUCCACAACAAGUUCCACCACAGGAACCACACCAACAACAUCAACGUCAACAGGACCCACAGUCAGUACAACGUCAGGACCAACAUCAUCUACACCUGGAACAACUGUGUCGACGACCACUUCCACCACAGGGUCAACACCAACACCAACUGGUACAACAGUGUCCACAACAAGUUCCACCACAGGAACCACACCAACAACAUCAACGUCAACAGGACCCACAGUCAGUACAACGUCAGGACCAACAUCAUCUACACCUGGAACAACUGUGUCGACGACCACUUCCACCACAGGGUCAACACCAACACCGACUGGUACAACAGUGUCCACAACAAGUUCCACCACAGGAACCACACCAACAACAUCAACGUCAACAGGACCCACAGUCAGUACAACGUCAGGACCAACAUCAUCUACACCUGGAACAACUGUGUCGACGACCACUUCCACCACAGGGUCAACACCAACACCGACUGGUACAACAGUGUCCACAACAAGUUCCACCACAGGUAAAGAAAAUCAUUUCAGUAAACAUCACAAACUCUUUGGAGAAUGUGUGGAUACCUGCACUACAUUUCCCCUCAGUUGUGAAGCUUCAAUUUUACUACUAUAG